AUGUCGGUUGAAAUUAAUUUUGGCGAGUAUUCAUUAUUAAAUGACGAAUUAUAUGAUUAUACAGAAUGUAAUGAUUCAACAUGUGAAUUUUAUUACCCUUGUGAUGAUAAGGAAAUAUGUUCAGGAUUCAAGCUUAAUCUUAAACCAGGACACUAUUUUUUCGAAGUUUAUGGGGCUCAAGGAUCUCAGGAAGAUCAUGAUAUAAGCGAAAGUCAAGGAGGAGGUUUAGGAGGUUAUGCACGUGCCGAAAUUACGAUUCGAAAGAAAAUUCCUUUGUAUCUAUUUAUUGGUUCUCAAGGAGAUUGGACUGAUGAAGGACCUAGCGGUAAAUCAUUUAAUGGUGGAGGCCCCGGAUAUAAUUCAGGUCCAGGUGGAGGUGCGACCGACUUCAGGAUGUUUGAAAAUGAAAUUCGCAGUCGAUUUCUUAUUGCUGGUGGUGGAGGGGCACAAGGGGUAUAUUACAACUUUAAUGAUGAGUCUGAUCUUGAACCAGAAGAACCAGAAGACCCAGAAGAGCCAGAAAAACCAGACACUGAUCCUGAACUUGAGCCAGAAAAACCAGACACUGAUCCUGAACUUGAGCCAGAAAAACCAGACACUGGUUCUGAACUUGAGCCAGAAAAACCAGUCAAACCAGACAAGCCGAACACUAGAUCUGUUAGAUCAGGAUCCAAACUUCGCGAAAUAGAAAUGAUAUCAUAUCCAGGGGGAUAUGGUUGGGGAGAUAGUGGAGCAAAUGGAAGUUUUCCUAAUAUAACAGGAGGUACACAAUAUUCACCCGGUGAUGGCUUUCUCAAUGGUUAUUUUGGGAGGGGGUGCGCUUUUCAUAGUAAUGGAACACAUGGAGGUUCUGGAGGAGGGUUGUUUGGAGGAGGUUGCGGCAAAAAUAAAGGGGCUUCAGGAGCAGAAGGUUCAGGAUUUGUUUAUUCUGAUCAAAGAACUGAUCAAAUAUUCGAAAUAAAAGAUAUUGAAAUAAAAAAUGGUUAUUUGACCUAUGGAAUCAACCAAGGAGACGGAUUUGCAAGAAUUACAUUGUUGUCUCCUAUAAAACUAACAGAAUAUCAUUAUAACUUUAAGAAUAAGAAAAUAAAUACUCUAACUAUAUUUAUAUUUAUAAAUAAAAAGUAA